AUGGCAACCGUGACAGAGAGGAAGAAGCGCCCAUCCACGUAUACGGCAGCCUCCAUCAAAACUACCCAGCAGCCUCCAUCAAAACCACCCAGCAGCCUCCAUCAAAACUACCCAGCAGCCUCCAUUAAAACUAUCCAGCAGCCUCCAUCAAAACUACCCAGCAGCCUCCAUCAAAACCACCCAGCCUCCAUCAAAACUACCCAGCAGCCUCCAUCAAAAACCACCCAGCAGCCUCCAUCAAAACCACCCAGCCUCCAUCAAAAAUACCCAGCAUCCUCCUUCAAAAACCACCCAGCAGCCUCCAUCAAAACUACCCAGCAGCCUCCAUCAAAACCACCCAGCAGCCUCCAUCAAAACCACCCAGCAGCCUCCAUCAAAACCACCCAGCAGCCUCCAUCAAAACUACCCAGCAGCCUCAAUCAAAAAUACCCAGCAUCCCCCAUCAAAACCACCCAGCAGCCUCCAUCAAAACUACCCAGCAGCCUCCAUCAAAACUACCCAGCAUCCUCCAUCAAAAACCACCCAGCAGCCUCCAUCAAAACUACCCAGCAGCCUCAAUCAAAAAUACCCAGCAUCCUCCAUCAAAAACCACCCAGCAGCCUCCAUCAAAACCACCCAGCAGCCUCCAUCAAAACUACCCAGCAGCCUCCAUCAAAACUACCCAGCAGCCUCCAUCAAAACCACCCAGCAGCCUCCAUCAAACCCACCCAGCAGCCUCCAUCAAAACCACCCAGCAGCCUCCUUCAAAAACCACCCAGCAGCCUCCUUCAAAAACCACCCAGCAGCCUCAAUCAAAAAUACCCAGCAUCCCCCAUCAAAACCACCCAGCAGCCUCAUCAAAACUACCCAGCAGCCUCCAUCAAAACUACCCAGCAGCCUCCAUCAAAAACCACCCAGCAGCCUCCAUCAAAACUACCCAGCAGCCUCCAUCAGAAUUACCCAGCAGCCUCCAUCAAAACUACCCAGUAG